UCUUUCUCUCUCUCUCCUUCUCCCCCCUCUCCCUCUAUGCCCCCCUCGCCGCACUGAUGCUGGCUUUUCUUUCCCGCAUCACCAACGGAGAAGAAGAAGAGGAGGCGGAGGAGGAGGAAGGGGAGGUUGUGUCAGGUGGAAACAGGGACCUCUAUGGAUACCACCAUCACCAUCCACCGGCUCGACAGUAUCUCCCGGCCGGCGGUCACCGACGCACGCAGCGCGCUUGUAAUGCUCCGAUGUGUUGUAUUUCUACGGUACACACUCCCCGGGCUGCUUCGGUAAUUACACAGAGAAUGAGCUUCCUCCUUUAAGAAGGACUAAUCGAGGGAAGACCCUGUUGGAAUAAAAGCGGAGCGUCACUCUCCUCCAUUGAUAAAUCGCUCUCCUCAUCGAUUCAAGCCAACAGCGUCUUGGAGGAGGACAAACCCAAACCUGAGAACUGACACCAAAGCUGAAGGGUGUCGGGCGCGAUGGCUAAUGCCUCCCCAGACCUGGACAACGCGGAAGCCCAGCGCCAACUCAACAACAACAACCGACCAAUCAGCUCUGGGUUCUGGGAAACGGAGUGUACCAGCUCCAAGCUGUUCGAGUGCUCCCGGAUCAAGGCCCUGGCAGAUGAACGAGAUGCAGUGCAGAAGAAGACUUUUACCAAGUGGGUUAACUCUCAUCUGGCCAGAGUAUCCUGUCGCAUAUCUGACCUCUACAACGACCUGAGGGAUGGAUACAUGCUCACCAGACUGCUGGAGGUCCUCAGUGGAGAGCUGUUGCCAAGGCCUACACGGGGUCGUAUGCGGAUCCACUGUCUGGAAAACGUUGACAAAGCUUUGCAAUUCCUUAAAGAACAGAGGGUUCACCUGGAAAACGUUGGUUCCCAUGACAUUGUGGAUGGAAACCACCGCCUCACCCUGGGUCUUAUCUGGACCAUCAUCCUACGCUUCCAGAUCCAGGUGAUCAAAAUAGCAACAGAGGACAACAGAGAAACGCGCUCUGCCAAGGAUGCCCUGCUGCUCUGGUGCCAGAUGAAGACCGCAGGGUAUCCUGAGGUCAACAUCCAGAACUUCACCACCUGCUGGAGAGAUGGCCUUGCCUUCAAUGCCCUUAUACACAGACACCGACCUGACCUGAUAGAGUUUCACAAGCUGACGCGGUCCAAUGCAACACACAACCUCCAGCAAGCCUUCAACAUUGCUGAGCAGCAUCUGGGCCUCACCAAACUCCUGGACCCUGAGGAUGUGAAUACAGAGAAUCCAGACGAAAAGUCCAUCAUCACCUAUGUGGUCUCCUACUACCAUUACUUCUCUAAGAUGAAGGCUCUUAUUGUGGAGGGCAAGAGGGUUGGCAAGGUAUUAGACAACUGUAUUGAGGCAGAGGAAAUCAUCAACCGCUAUGAGGCUCUGGCAUCAGACCUACUGGACUGGAUCGAAAAGACCAUCGCGGUCAUCAGCAACCAGAAGUUUGCCAACUCGCUGACUGGAGUUCAGCAGCAGCUACAGGCAUUUACAACCUACUGCACCAUAGAGAAGCCCAUCAAGUUUCAGGAGAAGGGGAAUCUUGAGGUCCUUCUCUUCACCAUCCAAAGCAAACUCAGAGCCAACAACCAGAAAGCCUAUGUGCCUCAUGAUGGGAAGCUCAUCUCAGACAUCAACAAGGCCUGGGAGAAGCUGGAGAAGGCGGAGCAUGAGAGAGGCGUGGCUCUGCGCAAGGAGCUGAUUCGUCAGGAGAAGCUAGAGCUGCUGGCUCAGCGCUUUGACCACAAAACCUCCAUGAGACAAGCCUGGCUCAAUGAAAACCAGAGACUUGUAUCACAGGACAAUUUUGGCUAUGAUCUACCAGCAGUCGAGGCGGCAAUGAAGAAACACGAGGCCAUCGAGGCGGACAUAGCCUCGUACAAAGACCGAAUUGGCGUUGUGGUAGAACUUGCAGCAGAGAUGGAGGUGGAAGGAUACUACGACAUCCGGCGUAUCUUAGCACGUAAGGAGAACAUCCUGGGGCAGUGGAGUUUACUGAAGGAGCUUGUGGCUGGGAGAAGGACCCGGCUGGAGAAGAACCUGGCCCUGCAGAAGACAUUUCAGGACAUGGUCUACAUGAUCGACUGGAUGGAGGACAUACAGGUCCAGCUGCUGUCCAAGGAUUUUGGAAAGCAUCUUUUGGAGGUGGAUGAUCUGCUGCAGAAACACAGCCUACAGGAAGCCGACAUCGCUGUGCAGGCCGAGAGAGUCGAGACGCUCAACACAGCUGCGCUCAAAUUCACCACCAUAGAUGGUUACCAACCCUGUGACCCACAGGUUAUCUGUAACCGUGUCAACCAUGUCUCUUCCUGUCUGGAGGAGCUGAAACACCUGGCAGCUAAAAGACGUGUUGAGCUCGAGGAGUCAAGACAAAUGUGGGCCCUUUUUCAGGAGCUGGAGGAGUCGGAGGUCUGGAUCAGGGAGAAGAGCUCCAUCCUGGGAGCUCAGGGCUAUGGGAGGGACCUGAGCAGUGUGCUGAGGUUACUGCAAAAGCACAAGACUCUGGCUGGAGAACUGCUGGCUCACAGGGCACUGCUGCAGAACACCAUGAAGCAAGGAAAGCAGAUCCUGAGUGAGAAAAGCUUUGGCACAGCAGGGAUCCAGGAGCGCAUCAUGGAGGUGAAGGGAGAAUGGAAGCGACUGGAGGACCAGGCUGCGCAGCAUCUUGGCCACCUGCAGGAGGCACUCAACUUUUUUCAGUUCUCCACGGAGACAGACGACUUGGUAGCUUGGCUACAAGAUGCUUACCGCCUGGUGUCCAGCGAAGACUUUGGACACGACGAGUACUCUACUCAGUCACUGCUCAAGAAACACAGAGGGGUCAGCGAGGCCAUCGACAAACACUGUUUGCAUGUAGUGGCGCUUCGCAAACACAUGGUGGCACUACCUCUGCAAUACCGUGAACAGGAGGAGGUGCAGGUUCGUAUGGGAGAGGUGGAGCAGCUGUAUACCGAGGUGGUCGAGGUGGCGGUGCUCAGGCAGCAGUGGCUUCAUGAUGCCCUCGCUGUCUACCACAUGUUCAGUGAGGUCAAUGCCUGCGAGCUGUGGAUUGAUGAGAAGGAGCAGUGGCUGGACAAAAUGGAGAUCCCUGAGAGGCUGGAGGACGUGGAGGUGGUGGCACACAGAUUUGAGAGUCUGGACCAGGAAAUGAACAGCUUGAUGGGAAGGAUCUUGGAUGUUAAUCAGAUAGUUCAGCAGCUCUUGGAUGGAGGUCAUCCGUCUUCUACAGAGGUCAGAGGUUGUCAGGACCACCUCAACUCCAGGUGGAACAGCAUUGUGGAGCUGGUUGAGCAGAAGAAGGAUCAGCUGGACUCGAUGUUACGCCUGCAGAACUACCUGCUGGAGUGUGCUGAGAUAAAGUCCCAGAUCCAGGAGAAAAGAAAAGCCAUCGACGCCACCCAGUACGUGGGCAGUGAUCUGGGAGGAGUCCUGGCUCUGCAGAGACGCCUCUCCACCAUGGAGGGAGCUCUGUCUGUCCUAGAGCCCAAGCUACUGCAUCUGCAGGAGGAGGCAGAAUAUCUGGUCACCUCUCACCCGAGUCGGGCCAUGGAGGUUCUUGUACCUUUUGAUGGCAUCAGUGUGGAGUGGGAGGAGCUGAAACACACCUUACAGGGCUGUGAGGACUCGCUGAUGGUGGCAAGUCGACUGCAAAGCUUCAUACAGGACCUGGACUCGUUCCUCACUUGGUUGGUUCAGACGCAGACAGCUGCUGCCUCAGAUCAGUUGCCCAAUGAUCUGGAGGAGGCCGAGAAGCUCAUCAACCAACAUGCUGCCCUCAAGGAGGAGAUUGGGCGCUAUGAAGAGGACUACGACCGCCUGCAGGCCAUGAACGAGCUGCUGGAGUCUGAAGAGGCUCCUCUCCCUCAGGCCGCCCUGCAGCAGUGGCUCCAGAAACUUGACGUCGGCUGGAAUAAACUGCUGGAGAUGUGGGAGAGCAGGAGAGAAGUUCUUGUCCAGGCUCACAUUUUCCAUCUGUUCCUGCGAGACGUUAAACAGGCGGAGUCCUUCCUCAACAAUCAGGAGUCAGCCCUCGCUCAUGUGGAGCUGCCCACCACAGUGGAAACAGUUGAAACUGGCAUAAAGAAACAUAAGGACUUCACCACCACCAUGGAGCUGAACCUGCACAGGAUCAAAGCUGUGAUCGAGGCUGGCGAGAGUCUGAUAAGCCAGAACAACAUCUACUCUGAACGUAUCAGGGAGCGCAUCGACAACCUUGCCAGCAGGGGAAACCAGAACAGAGAGCUGGCCCAGCAGUGGCUGGAAAAACUGAACGACCAGUGGGAACUUCAGAGGUUUCUCCAGGACUGUCAUGAGCUGGGGGACUGGGUGUGUGAGAAGAUGCUGAUGGCGAGGGACAGCAGCUGGGAUGAGACUCAGAAGCUUCAUAAGAAAUGGCUGAAGCACCAGGCCUUCAUGGCCGAGUUGGCCCAGAAUAAAGAAUGGCUGGACAAGACUGAAAAGGAGGGCCAGCAGCUGAUCCAGGAGAAGCCCGAGCUAAGCCCGGUGGUCCGGAAAAAGCUGGAGGAGAUCAAGGAGUGCUGGCAGGAUCUGGAGAGCACCACGCAGGCCAAGGCCCGGCAGCUCUUCGAGGCCAACAAGGCCGACCUGCUGGUGCAGAGCUACGAAAGCCUGGAUCAGAGACUGGGCCAGUUGGAAGGUCAACUGGCCUACGUGGAUCAGGGAGAGGACCUCACCACUGUCAACAAGCAGCUCAAAAAACUACAUACCCUGGAGACCCAGAUGGAGGAGUGGUAUAAGGAGGUGGGGCAGCUCCAGGUGCAAGCGGCCUCCAUCCCACAGCAGACGCAGAUCAAGGAGACGGUCGCAGGGCGACAGGCUGUUGUAGAGGCCAGGAUGGUGCGUCUGAUCGAGCCACUGAAGGAGAGACGACGCAUCCUGCUGGCAUCUAAGGAAGUCCAUCAAGUUGGACGAGACCUGGAGGACGAGAUCUUAUGGGUCCAGGAGCGACUCCCGCUGGCCAUGUCCCAGGAGCAUGGCGCCACUUUGCAGGCCGUCCAGCAGCUCAUGAAGAAGAAUCAGACACUUCAAAGGGAGCUACAGGGCCACAGGAGCAGGAUUGAGGAUGUCCUGGAGAGGGCGGCAAUCAUCGCCUCCAUACGCAGCCCUGAGGCAGACUAUGUCAGGGCCGGCCAUGACCAGCUGGCCCAGCUGUGUGCUCUGCUCUGGGCUGAGACCGAGAAGAGGCAGCUGGUCCUGGAUGCCAUGUACCAGGCCCAGCAGUACUACUUUGACACGGCCGAGGUGGAGGCCUGGCUCAGUGAGCAGGAGCUGCAUAUGAUGAACGAGGAGAAGGGGAAGGAUGAGCCGAGCACACUACAGCUGCUGAAGAAACACUUGGUCCUGGAACAGACCAUUGAGGACUACGCUGAGACCAUCGGCCUGCUGUCACAGCAGUGCCGCCAGCUGCUGGAGAUGGGGCACCCAGACUGCGAGCGCAUCAGCAAGCGUCAGUCGCAGAUCGACCGUCUAUACGUGUCUCUGAAGGACCUGGUGGAAGAGAGGAAGAGCUGUCUGGAGCAGCAGUACUGGCUCUACCAGCUCAACAGGGAGGUGGACGAGCUGGAGCAGUGGAUCGCUCAGAGGGAGGUGGUCGCCAGCUCGCCAGAACUGGGUCAAGACUUUGAACAUGUGACAAUUCUGCAGGAGAAGUUUACAGAGUUUGCGUCAGAGACGGGCAGCGUGGGGCAGGAACGAGUGACAGCAGUCAACCAGAUGGUGGAUGAGCUUAUUGACUACGGUCACUCAGAGGCCGCCACCAUCGCUGAAUGGAAGGAUGGGGUGAACGAGGCUUGGGCCGACCUGCUGGAGCUCAUGGAGACCCGAGCGCAGAUGCUCUCCGCAUCACACCAGCUGCACAAGUUCUUCUCCGACUGCAGAGAGGUUUUGGCUCAGAUUGAGGACAAACAUCGCAGACUGCCAGAAGUCCGGGCUCGGCAGGGCAGCGCCGCCAACACCGGCACCCUACAGAGACUCCUGCACAGCUUCGAACAGGACAUACAGCUGCUGGUCACACAGGUACGUCAGCUGCAGGAGAGUGCAGCCCAGCUAAGGACAGUGUACGCUGGCGAGAAGGCUGAAGCCAUCGCGUGCCGGGAGCAUGAAGUGAUGCAGUCCUGGAAAGAGCUGUUGACAUCCUGCGAGGAGUGUCGAGUGCAGAUCACCACUGAGACAGACAAGCUAAGGUUCUUCAGGAUGGUCCGAGACCAGAUCAUGUGGAUGGACUCGAUCAUCUGUCAGAUAGGGACAGGAGAGAAGCCCAGGGACGUGUCCUCAGUAGAGGUGCUGAUGAAUUACCACCAGUGCGAAGUGGGGGCUCGCAGCCGGGGCGUCGUGGAGUGUAUCGAGAUGGGGAAGACCCUGCUGGCUGCUAGAAACCCUGCGGCUGAAGAAAUCAAGGAGAAGCUGGACAAGGUGGUUGCUAAGCAACAUGAGCUGUCUGAGAAGUGGGACAAGCAUUGGGAAGUCCUACAGCAAUUGCUGGAGGUUCACCAGUUUGCCCAGGAUGCAAUGGUGGCAGAGUCCUGGCUGACCGCUCAGGAGCCAUUCAUCAAAAGCAGUGAGCUGGGCGGGAGCGUCGACGAGGUGGAGCAGCUCAUUCGUCGACACGAAGCCUUCCGCAAAGCUGCCGCCACCUGGGAGGAGAGAUUCAGCUCAUUGCGAAGACUCACCACGGUUGAAAAGUUGAAAGCAGAGCAAAGUAAACUGCCCCCAACCCCUCUGCUGGGUCGUAAGGUCUUUCUGGACCCCCAGGAUGCCUCCCCGAGUCCAUCCACACUCCCCCGCCUGCCAAUCUCCCCUGUUAUGAGACAGACCAUCUAUGAACAGAAUGAAGCCAGCACUCCUCCAUCACCCUCACCUGGCACCCCUACGCCCUCUCCUUCGUCUGCAGUUCGUCGGCUGGGGUCUACAGUCGCCAACUACACCCCUGUGAUGAAUGGUUCCAGCUAUCGCCACACCCUGGAGGCACAGCAUAGUGGUGUGGUGGGUGUGGCUGCAGGACUACCAAAGCCCGCCCCUUCCUCGAUUGCAUCUGUUGCCACGGCAGCCAUGCUAGUCUCAGCCAACCAGGCGCGAGAAAGUGUCAGUGGGGCGAGAGACCAGGCAACGAAGGCGAUGAGUCACCUCCAGCCAGUGCAGGCAACGAGGGACCAGGAGGCGAAAUCAUCCUCUUAUCUACGGCAACCAAAAAUCAAACACCUGGAUGAUGUGGUGACGCCGCUGAUCGUGGCGAGCCGGCUGGAGAAAUCGAGGGAGAGGGGGAAGGAGAGAGAGAUGAUGAUGGGAGAGAUAGGGACAGAGGGAGCAGAGGUGGCAGUGAUGGCCGAGGUGGUGCUCCAGGAGCCGAGCCGAGAACGUCUGCACAGCGACCCCACCAGAGGGCCUCGGGGCUCCAGGACUGACCUGCUGGGACAAGCCGAGCCCCAGGCCCAGAUGCACACUUACCAUAAGGACCACAGGCUAGAACGCCAGCUAUCCAGCGAGCAGCUGAUCCAAGCACGCAGGGACGAGCUGCCUCAGGAGGUGUGGAGGGAACAGGCCGAGAGACAGGAAAGACGAACGCUGGAGAGACAAACAUCCAGCGAGCAGGAAGGCCAGGGUGGCCACGAGGGCCGGCGGAGAGAGAGGGACCGAAACCGGCUUGAGAGACAAGAAUCCAGCGAGCACGACACCGGGAGGGAGCAGUCAGACAGACGCUCAGGAGGAGGAGACAAAAGAUCCACCAUGGCAGAAAUUGUAGAGCAGCUGCAAGAAAGAGAAGCAGCCCAGGCCCGCGGCGAGGUGCCUCGCCUGCCUAAUGGGUUACCAGAGAAGUCUUCUCGUCCUGACCGGCCUCGAGCUCGGGACAGACCCAAACCACGUCGCCGGCCUCGACCCAAAGAGCCAGGAGAGACGACACGGCGGUCCAGGUCUGCUCCCGCUCAGAGCAGCCUGACGGUCCCCCAGCCGCCAACACACACUGCACACCAUGAGGGCUUCCUUUUUCGCAAGCUGGACAUUGAAAGUCUGAAGAAGAGCACCAAUAGCAGGUCAUGGGUCAACCUGUACUGCAUGCUGAGCAAAGGGGAGAUGGGUUUCUACAAGGACGCCAAGAACACCACCACGUCCUACAACAAUGAGCCGCUGCUCAGCCUCUCCCACUGCCACUGCGACAUCACCAAUGGAUACAAGAAGAAGAAGAACGUGUUCACACUCAAAACAAAGGACGGCAGCGAAUUUCUGUUUCAUGCAAAAGAUGAGGACGACCUCAAAGUGUGGGUGACCAACAUCAACACCAGUAUUUCGGAGCAUGAGGAGAUCGCCAAAUGGGGUCAUCCCCAACCAACUACCUCAUCCACCGACGAGGGCACGCGCCGUGAUGGCAGCAAGGCGGACAACAGGUCAGAGCGAGGUGCAGAGCGCUCGGACCGGCCAGAGAGGCCGGAACGGGCAGAAAAGGAACGGGAGAAGGAGAAGGAGAAGGAGAAGGAGAAGGAGAGAGGCGAACGGUCAGAGAGGUCAGAUCGAGGCGGAAAGUCGGACACAAAGCGCUCAGAAAAGUCCAGUAAGAAAAAGUGAGCCAGGUGACAUUUUGGUCGGGAUUGAAGUGUAUGAACUUCGGAUGGGAGGCGGGGCCGUAGACUGGUAGUGAACGCCGCCCUCCUUUUCUCCACCUCCAACACGGUCAACAAGUUUGUGUUUGGAUGAAAAGUGAGGCUCACUCAUGGGACAGGAGUACAGAUUUGGAGCAGGGGACAUCUUUCUGUCUCUCUCUUCUGUGUCUCUGUGAGAACACACCGAGUCAGGGCUGCGUCCG